AUGGACAUGCCCAAUUCGGGCGACCGCAGCAACGGAGCGGCGGCGCCGAAAAAGCCGGAAUCCCAGAGCGGCGCUGCCAAGAAGAAGAAAAAGAAGGGAGGCGGUGGAGGACCCAGGCCACAGGACGACGCCGCUAUCGCCGCGAGGGUACAACUGCUCGAGGAACUGGACAACGCGCCCCAACCGCAGCGAGAGGAGCAAUGGUCCACGGUAUCCAAGAACGCCCUACCCAAGACGGUCGCCAAGACGGUCGCCAAGGCUGUCGUGAAAGAUCCCUCAUCGGUGGCUGAAUCGCACGCGACGGGGCACGCGUUCGGCGCCCUCACCAAGUUCAUGGAAGCCGACGGUGACGGGGACGGGGACGGGGACGAGUCCGGGGACGAGCCCGGGGAGGCCUCGGCGGGUGCGUUCAACGUCUCCGACUUUAAGGUUUCCCGGCCGUUCUAUCACACGUUCGAGGACACCGGGAAGGGCGUCUGGUGCUGCGUGGUCACCUCGCCGUCGGGGUUUGACUCGGCGCCGAUUCCCAUCACCGCGACGGUGAAACGGGCGGGUAAGCUGAAGCCGAACUCGCCGCCGCCCGCGCUGGUGCCCGAGGAGGAGGCCGAGGUGGUCCUGGACUUCAAGCGGCGGCAGAAGGAGGAGAGGAAGAAGGCCGCCGCGGAGGGCGGGAAGAAGAAAAAGAAGAAGAAGAAGGGCGGCGGCGCCGCCGCGGCGGAGGACGCGCCGCCGCCGCCCGACACAUCCGAGGUGAUCGUCACCCAGAACCCCCUCCCGAGCGGACCCGAGGAUAAGGCGCGACUAUCGAAGGAGAUCCUCGACGACCUGUUCGCGGCGUCGGCGUAUCGCCCGCCCACAACCGACGCCGUCCCGGAUCCAAACGGGUCGGACAAUUUUUAUAACGGGUCGGACCCUCGUCACGAUUCCCGGGGGCCCGCGCGGGGCGUCCCGCCGCCGCCGGGCCUCGGCGGGUUCGUCCGACCGGUCCCGACGCGACGGGAGGAACACGUCGAGUCGCCGCCCCUACACGCGGAGCGACCCGCGACGGCCGCCGCCGACACCGAUCCGCCCCUUUAUGCGGAGCAACCGGCAACGGCGGCGGCGGACUCGGCGGCUAUCGUGGCGCAGAUGCAGGCCCAGAUGGCGCGGAUGAUGCAGGCUCAGCAGGGCGCGCUGAUCUCCCAGCAGGCCGCGGCUCUGGAGCAGGCGCAGGCGCAGAUGCUCGCGAUGCAGCGUCAGAUGGCGGAGAUGCAGCGUCAGCUCGAGGAGACGAGGGCGAGGGAGGCGGCGGCGCCGAGGCGGGGGCCGGCGAGGGGCGAGCGGUCGGCGGCGUCUGAACGCGAUUGGCGCGCCGACGCCCCCGGGCCCGUGGGCGUGGAAGCCCUCGAGGCGAACCCCAGGGACAAGAGCAGGGGCGGUUCAAGCGGCGCGGGUAACGGAGGCGUCAGGCCGAACCCGUUUCGCAGGACGAAGCAAGCGCCGGCUGUGCCGCCGCCGCCGGGUUUCGAGCCCAAGCCGAGGGAUCCCAACGCGUACGUGCCGCCGGCGCUCAGAGGGGCGGCGCGUGAGUGA